CUUGAGACGGGAGUUUAUCUCAUCUCAUGCUUGGGGAAGAAAUUCGGCGUUCAUGCCUGCGCCAUGACAAAAUGCGCUAAGCAGCUUCGACCCCUGCAGCUGGGCUGCAAGCUCCAAGAGACAGAUUACAUCUCAGCGAACAGAUAUACGACAUUGUCCGCGACAACAACUUUGCAUCAACAACCACGAUGACGGACUCAAUAGUUGAGCCCUUCCUCAAGGGUAAUACGGGGAGGAACACGAGAGGAAUAUUACGAUUGUCGAUUCUUUGCUUAAUUGCAGCAGCUGCGAUUGCCAGUCGGCUGUUUUCCGUUAUUCGUAUGUAUACCCAACAACCAAAGAUUCUGCCGAAGACAGAUUCAGAGCUACCGGAUCCGUUCUUUUGGUUUCUUAUAUGUGCUCUCAUGCGAAGAAAGUCUGCUAACUCGCUCAUUGAUAGGUUUCGAGAGUAUUAUUCACGAAUGUUAGUAACUAUUCUGUCCGAUUUGCGAUUCGACAUUUCAAAUACCGCCUCCGACACAACGAAUAUACAAAAACUAAUUGUUAUUAUAGUCGAUCCAUGGUUCAAUUUCCGAGCUACAAAAUACUUGGUGGCGAAUGGCUUCUACGAUUUCUGGGAUUGGUUCGACGAUAGAACAUGGCAUCCACUUGGAAGAGUUACUGGAGGAACUCUCUACCCAGGUCUUAUGGUAACAAGUGGUGCCAUCUACCAUGCUUUACGAGCUCUCACUAUCCCGGUUGAUAUCCGAAAUAUCUGUGUACUACUUGCCCCGGGGUUCUCUGGAUUGACCGCAUUUGCGACCUACCUUUUUACAAAUGAGAUGUCCACCUCUCCUUCAGCCGGUUUACUCGCAGCCGCAUUCAUGGGAAUUGCCCCGGGUUAUAUUUCGCGUUCAGUUGCUGGCAGCUACGAUAACGAGGCUAUCGCCAUUUUCCUUCUUGUCUUUACCUUCUACCUCUGGAUCAAAGCACUCAAGCUCGGAUCUGCCAUGUGGGGUGCUCUCUGCGCUCUAUUCUACGGUUACAUGGUGUCUGCAUGGGGAGGAUAUGUUUUCAUUACCAACUUGAUCCCAUUGCACGUUUUUGUUUUGGUUUGCAUGGGUCGUUUCAGCCCAAGACUUUACGUCAGCUACUGCACCUGGUACUCCUUGGGGACAUUGGCUAGUAUGCAAAUUCCAUUCGUUGGGUUUUUGCCAAUCCGAAGUAGUGAACAUAUGUCUGCAUUGGGUAAAUCUAUCUAUAAAAAAAGCUUUGCCAAUUUAUGAACUAAUAAUUUCUAGGUGUUUUCGGACUACUUCAAUUGAUUGGUUUCGUUGAAUUUGUACGUUCCGGCGUACCAAGCAAGCAAUUCACUACUCUCCUGAGAGGAUUCGUUCUUGCCGUAUUUACCAUUGCCUUUGGUGGACUCGUUCUCCUAACAGUUUCUGGUGUCAUUGCUCCAUGGACUGGUCGAUUCUACUCUUUGUGGGAUACUGGAUACGCCAAGAUUCACAUUCCCAUCAUUGCUUCGGUCUCUGAACACCAACCUACUGCAUGGCCAGCGUUCUUUUUUGAUCUCAAUCUCCUCAUCUGGCUCUUCCCAGCCGGUGUUUACCUUUGCUUCCUCAAGCUGGCUGACGAGCAAGUCUUCGUCGUUGUUUACGCCAUUUUGGCCAGUUACUUCUCUGGUGUUAUGGUCAGAUUGAUGCUUACCCUUACGCCAAUUGUCUGUGUCGCCGCAGCCUUGGUCUUAUCACACUUGUUAGACACAUAUCUUACUAUGACUUCUCCAGAUGCACCCGCUGAGGGCGCAUCUGACGCCACUAACGGUGCUGCAAAGAAAGCCAUCAAGCAAGAUGGUCUCCGCUCUAUGCGUUCGCCACUUGUUGGUAUCUAUACCACAUUCUCUAAGGGGUCUGUUGUCAGUGCAUUAACUGCCUAUCUUUUGCUCUUCGUUCUUCACUGCACUUGGGUGACAUCCAAUGCCUACUCGUCUCCAUCCGUGGUUUUGGCAAGCAGAAUGCCAGACGGAAGUCAACACAUUAUCGAUGAUUACCGUGAGGCAUACCAAUGGCUUCGACAAAACACCAAGACAGACGCCAAAAUUAUGUCCUGGUGGGAUUAUGGGUAUCAAAUUGGUGGUAUGGCCGAUAGACCUACUCUCGUAGAUAACAACACCUGGAACAAUACCCAUAUUGCCACCGUCGGAAAGGCAAUGAGUUCUAGCGAGGAAGUCAGCUACCCAAUCAUGCGUCAACACGAAGUGGACUACGUUCUUGUGGUUUUUGGUGGACUUUUAGGUUAUUCCGGAGACGACAUUAACAAGUUCUUAUGGAUGGUCAGAAUCGCUGAAGGCAUCUGGCCCGAUGAGGUCAAGGAGCGUGAUUUCUUCACUGAGAGAGGCGAGUACAGAGUGGACGGUGGUGCCACUGAGACCAUGAAGAAUAGCUUGAUGUAAGAAUCUUUUGAUGAGACAUUGAUAAUCAUACUAAUGCCAUUUUAGGUACAAGAUGUCAUACUACAACUACCACACUAUGUUCCCUGCUGGACAAUGCCAGGAUCGAGUUCGUGGUGUCAAGAUGCCCGACCAAGGGCCAGUACUCAACACCUUGGACGAGGCAUUCACCAGUGAGAACUGGAUCAUCAGAAUCUACAAGGUCAAGGACCUUGACAAUGUUGGUAGGAACCAUACUGCAGCCGCGUCUUUUGAGAGAGGAAACAAGAAGAAGAAGACGACCAAGAGAAGGGGACCAAAAGUUUUGCGUGUUGAAUAAAAGGAAGAGAAAUAUGUAUCAUAUCUCAUAUGUCAUGGGGGGCGCGGCUUAAAAAUUGCAGCGAGGAUAUUCUUUUUGCUACUAGUAUCUAGAAAUGUAUUCAUAAAUAAGCCU